UAUCUACGAUGUAAAGCACAAUAUUUUUAACAUGCUGAGAAAUUUAAUAAUUGAAUGUUUAAAAAAGUCAAAAAAUAUUUUGAGAUUCGAACCUGAAUGACAAAAAUAAGAGAACUUUUGUAUUCGACUAUAGUCGACUAAACUUCACUCGGCUUCGCCCUCUGCCUACGUGUCUGAAAAUUUUCAAUUCCUUAAUAAAUAACACGAAAUUUUUAAAAAAAGGAUUUGAGUGCUUCAAUGUGUGCCACUCAUCCACUUUUAAUGACAAUUUAGGAUAAACAGUAAUUAAUGUUUGCUUAGUAUCAAGUGUUAAAUUAAAACAGAUGCUGAGAGUACGUAAAGGUUUAAUUGACGUCAGUUGCUUUUGUUUACGCAGCUUAUCUAUUAUCUUCUAAGGAUGUCCCAUGACUAUUUCUACGUCAUGACUUUAUUGUGCUUCUGUAAUUAAAACUCGUUAAAAAUCUUUAAAUUUUAAGAAUCAAAGAAAUAUUUACGUUGCUGUGCAAGCCGAGCUAACAUGCAAGGACAAAUUUGUGGUUUACUGUCGCUUCCAAUGAUCAACAGGAAGAAGACUAGGCUGAAUAAUAAAGCUACUAAAAAUGUUUUAUCCAUCUUACUUCAAUUAAAACUGAACUAAUACUGAAAUUAUUGCCACAAAAUGCCUUAAUUUAAUACUUAGCUUAUCGUAUAAAACCUCUCAAAAGCUAUUAAGUAAAGACAAUCAUUAAAAAGCUUACAAUUUACUGUAUCAGUUCCAAACGAAGACUUUAUUUAAUGUUCUUUAAUCUUUACGGCAAAUUCAUAUUUAUAGCCAGAUAAAUCUAUCUUCGUAGAAUUGGAUGACGGCUUGGGUGUAAGCAUGAUUAGCUAUUUUUGAAGACAUUAAUGUACAAAAGCUAGUGCCUUUCCAUUGCAAUAUAAAGAUUAAUUCUCGAUUUUGAAAAGCUCCAAUAAUCUGAUCAAGUUCAACAUUUUUCAUUCCUGUUUUCACCUGAAUCCGUUCUUCCUCAUAUUCUUUAAUUAAAUCAAUGCAGUUACUGCAAUUAUCGACAGAUUCCCAUGAGUUUGGAUAAUCUCUCCAUUUAAGCAAGUACUGACACUGAAAGUGAAUUUUGUUAAAAACUUACUGGAUGUUAAAUAAAAGGAUCUAUUUAAUUACAUUUCCGUUGCAGAAUCUCUUUCCCAGUACCUUAUCGACUGUAAAUUCACUCCAAUGCCUCAUUUUAAUCUAUAAUUACAUUUUUAUUCAUUUAAAUUUCACUAAUCUCAAAUAAAGGUAUUUUUGAUAGAUUUCAGAUGUUAAUCCUGUUAUGCUUUUUAAAAAGAUCAAUUUACUUACUGUGGACUUCUAAUUCCGCUUUAAUUAAUAUUUUUCUGAAUUUUUCAUGCGCUCAGAUAUUUUUUAAAAAUGCUUUAAAACAAUCAAAUUUACCGGCUUUUUGAAAUUCAAAGUAAAAUUUUGACGAAAAUAUUCAAAAAAAACGACAGUUGAAAAACCUCAAAAAUAGGUUUGACGAAGUGAAAAAUGAAUUAUUUACGCAAUACAACAACUUCCUAUAGUUUAAUUAACGUGAAUGUUUUUCAGAACGGGUCUUUGGAGUUUCCUAUUGACUGCAGCAAUAUUCGGACUUUCUGUUUGAAGGAUGUAGUCUUACUAGACACUGUGUUUAUGGCAUUUUUAAGACACUUUGUGUCUCUUGAAAACCUGGAAUUCUCUAAUCUUCAUUUAGUUCGAACUCAACAGCUAGAACCAAGUGUUAAAAUCAUGUGCUGCAGCAUUAGGGAUAUUAACUUUGAAUUUAGCAGUUGGGAAAUAUUCGAUUACUUAUAUACACCUGACAUUUGCAGUCUACGCUUAUCAAGUUCAGAUCUAAUAGCUCAUCCAUCAAUUACUUCAUAUCUAACAGAAGUAAACGAUUUAAAACAUUUAGAGUUACAUGCUGUAUCAUGUGAUAUUAUGGAAUUUUUCAAGUAUGCUGAUUACACAUUUGCUUUAAAGGAGUUAAAUUUGGUGACAUCAGAUUAUACAGGACAAAUCAAUACCAGAUAUGACCAUUUUUUCCAAGAUUUUAUCGCGCAAAAUACAUCAUCAUUGAAUUCACUAGAAAUGAAAGCUUUACUGUCACCUGCAUCCUUAGAUUUUAUUAUGAAAAGGCUGAGGAACCUAAGGUCAAUUCUUCUUAAAGUGAAUUACUUAAUCUGUGACACAUCAAUCUAUUAUCAAAAGAAGCCCAGGAGAACAGUCAAGACAUUAACAUUGGAAGGAUCAUUUCAUAGUAUUGACAUGAUUGUAGCUUUAAUGGCACUAUAUCCAUGUGCUAAAGUGCUAUCCUUUCGUGACUCUUACAUGGACUUCAAUGUCAAGUUUUUAAGUGAUGUACUGCGAUAUGCAGCACUAAUAUGUACAGAAUUGAAUGAUUUGAGUCUAACAAGAUUAAUUCCAUUACAACCAGAAUUGAGGUUUGAAAAGCUUGAGAUUCUUCGUGUUGGGUACGUUAAUGAUUGGAAUGACUUAGUGACAUUCCUUAAAAUGAAUAACACAAUACAGCGUCUGUGUAUUGAACACGUCUUCCGUCAACAAAGUGAUCAUAGAGCUAUGGAAAUGAUUAUUGACUGCAAUAUCAUGCAUCUUCACAUGACAUCCGACUCGUAUGAAAUUAAGAGAAUUUUUGAAAUUUUUGAUAUUAUUGGAAGUGGAAAUUUAUUUACAUUGAAACUGACUGUUCAGUCAUGCGAAUCAAAAUCAUAUAAUUUCCAUUUUAGUCCUGGAAAUAACAACUCAAUCACAGCUGAAGAACUCAAAUUUGACACUAAUGCCUUCAUAAUUGACGAUCUUGUUGACUUUUUGGAUGACUUGAGUGAACCACAACAAGAUCGACAUCAAUUUAAGUCAUCAUAAAUGCUAAAUGAUCAAUUUAUGAAUUAUUAAGGACACAUAUGUAUCGUCAUGUGCUAUAUAUUUUGAAUAGAUUUUGUUGGAGAAUUAAAAAUCAAAUUUUGAAAUAAAAAAUUAACGGUCUUAAGAUAUUUGAAUUUUAAUAACUUUGUAAGAUUUGAUAAAGUUUCGUUAAGUUUCAACGGAUUUGAAACAUUUAAAUUUUAAAGGUUUUGUAAAAUUUAAAAUUUCUUCGUUCAGUUUUAGCGGGUUUAAAGAUAUUAUAAAAUAAGAAAAUUAACAGAAUUUUAACAUUUUCUUCGAAUAGCUAAACAUGUCAAUUUCACAUCCAAUUGAAAUUAAAGCAUUGCAAAACAUCCUGAAAAUAUCAAAACAAAUCGGUUUUAAUCAAAUUAAUUCGCCAAGUAAUUUUUGUUGUUCUUUAUUUUAAUCAUUUAGUAUGUAGACGUCGUUUUAAAUUUAGAUGAGAAAAUUAAGAGAAACUAUGAAUAACUUUUAAGCAAGCAAAUCGGAAAACCAUGUGUAAUUAAAGAAAAAAUAGAGAAAAUCAGAAUUCAAAAAUAUAGAAGAACUUCCUUAAUAUUCUCGGAAGCGAUGUUUAAAAAAGAAGGGAAUUUAUAACAUAUCCGAAAUAAAGUUUUUUUUAAAUGUUUAAAGUCCUUAAUUAAAUUAUCCUUGUAGUAAGUGUGUGUGUUUACUUAUCACCGCCACUCGAGUGCCAUGUCAAUCGUUCUUCAUAGAAUUGAAUGACAAUUUGUGGACAUUUCACAUUUGCUUGCUUGGCUGGUACGAGAUCGGCUUCAUCAGUGUCCUUCCAUUUCAUCAAAAACAUUAAUUCGCCCGAAGUGUCAGUUGCGCCAAUAAUUCGCUCAGGAAGUAAACCACGAUCGAAUCCUUCUUUCCUAUCUGACUUUUUCUUGGACUUUGAUGUAUCGAGUGCUUCAGUGGUUUUCCUCUUUUUUGCUUCAGCAGCUGCUGCUUCCUUCUUUCUCUGACUUUCCUCAAAUGCGGCAAUUAAUUCUGGACAAUCGAGAUUUUCCUCUGGUUCCCAUGUAUUAUCUGCAUCGGAAUAGCCUUUCCAUUUUAAAUAAUACUCGACCUUGAGUCAAAUGAUAGGAAUCAAAUCAGAUUAAGACUAUAAAUAUUGAUAAUUUCUACUGGAUCUUACCUUUCCACCACGAAUUCUCUUUUGUAACACUUUUUCGACUGAAUACUCUUCUUGAGGUUCGUCCUUAUCCUUUCCCAUCUUAUUAUCUGUAUUAUUUAUGUCUGGAAGUUAUCAAAAAUAAUUGAAAUAAGUAAAUUGCACAUUAAAUGUCAAAUUAGACAGUAAAUUAAGAAUGUUUAUGUACGAUUAAUGGUGAAAAAUGCGAAAGACGCUUUGUGCCGAACAAAAACAAAAUUGAUUUUUUUUUUAAACGCGUCUUUUUGAAUUUUUUUCUAGACUUUUCUGAUAAUUUGCCAAUUUCCGAGACUUAUACCUGAUAUAAAACUAAUUCUUCAAGUCUCCACAAUAUGAACUUUUGCUUUAAUUACGUUAUUAACUUUUUUAUGCGCUAGUUAAGGUUUCUUGAUUGUUUUUUUUUCAGGCUGAAAAAGUUUUAGCGCUAGUUUGAAU